AUGGCUGCACUCGACAUGAAAACCAGGAAGUAGCUUCUUCCUUCGCUCCUUUGCUUUGAAAGAUGGAGCAAACUCUAACCGAGCCCCGUCAAAAGACAUUUACUUGCCAGUUGUGUGAUUUAAGCAGCCCUUUCACUUACUACGGCCAGAAACCACCAAACACCAGAGCCAUUGUGCUACUGGAGGAGUGUUUUGUGACCCAGGACCCCUUCAGUCCGGACAAGGAGAAGUUCCUGGUGUUGGGCUCUACCUGCAGCCUGUGCAGCAAGUGUGUCUGUGUUGGAUUGGACUGCAGUCUUUUCUACACCAAGAGGUUCUGCAUGCAGUGUGUCAACAAACACUUGGACCAGUUCCCCCAUCAGAUUCAGGCUGAGCUGGCCAAGAAGAAGCAGAGCUCCAAAGCUGCCGUCUCGUGACAUUGAACAAGAGGUCCAAACAAGAACACUCAUUUGAAUGUGUCAAGGUGCUUUACCAGCACUCUUUGUACACACUUACACUGGACCAACACCAUCUGAUAAAUGAAAACACUCUGUAAUUGAUUACUUUUAUUUAAGUGGAAAAUUAACACCAUACAUGCUCAUGUCCAGGAAAGUGAGGCUGCUGCUCUAACCUUGAAGGUGUUAUUUGUUUUGAGAGAGUUUGGUAGAAGCAAGCAGCGGGUGUGACCACUGUUGCCGGACCCCUGAUGGAUUGUGGUUGCGGGCUCAGAGUCAGCCCCGCUGGAUUGCAGCAAUUAAAAAUAUGAUGUCAUGCACUGAUUGUGCACAAUGCCCUACAGUUGCUCAACAAAAGAAAAUUUAAAAUUGUUACUAAUAUUUGAUCACUCAUGGUCAGCCCAAUUCAGCAACUAUUCCAUGCCUCUUACAAACUGUUUAUUACUGUACAAUUAUGUAUGACUCAAAAGAUGUGGAAGUAGUAGCAUCUUUGAAGACUUGUUGCUAGGCAGAUUUAAACACAGAUUCAUGUCUCGAAAUUAAUAGGUUGUCUCCAUUUUAUCUUUAACUUGAUGAACUACGCCUGUUGUGCAAUGUUUUAAUGCCCCCUCUUUAAUACGGACACAUUUUUAUUACUUUUCAGCAACAUAUGGUAACAUUAACAUUUAUAUGAGUAAUUAUCUCUAACCAUGGACACAUUUGUGCUGACAUGAUGCAUCCUUUUUACUAGUGCAUCACUGUUAUCCCUCUCAUCUGUGUGUGCAUGGUCAGAGAGUGCACUGUUGACUUCUGUGGAGUCAAAAAAAUGUUUAUCUGUGUUAUCUUAGCCUAUAAAAAAAGACACAGACAGUGACAUUUCUCUGUUGUUGUCUGACUUGUUUAA